AAUAACUCAUAUUCCCUACAUAAAAAGAUCAAAUUUGCAAGAGGAAAAUAAAGAAGUAUUUUCCAAUGGGUGCUAUUGGAACUAUUGCUAAAAGUUUGAAUGCAUUAAUCGGCCCUGGAGUGAUGCUUCUCUAUCCUUUGUAUUCUUCUAUGAGAGCAAUUGAGAGCCCUUCACCAUUAGAUGAUCAACAAUGGUUAACCUAUUGGGUUCUCUAUUCAUUCAUAACUCUAUUUGAGUUGUCUUGCUGGAAAGUCCUCCAAUGGCUACCAUUCUGGCCAUUCAUCAAACUUGUAUGUUGUAUGUGGCUGGUGCUACCAAUUUUCCAUGGAGCAGCUUAUAUACAUGAAAAUUUCAUAAGAAAACAUGUUAAAGUUGGGAGCCAUGUUAGCUCAAAUUAUCCACAAAAUCAAAGGAAAGCACUCCAAAUGAUGAGUCUUGAUGCAAGGAAAGCUGUUGAAAGAUAUAUAGAGAAGUAUGGACCAGAUGCCUUUGACAAGGUGGUUAGAGCGGCGGAGAAAGAAGCAAAAAAACAUUGAGGAAAAACAAUACCAUAAAUCACAAG